AUGAUGACACCAGUAGUUCUCUUUUCGAUCGGAAACCCAGGUCCUUUAAACCGGCAUUCAACAGGACACAUGGUUUUGAAAGAGUUGAUGGAGAAUUAUGACAUCAAACAACCAGUAAAUAAGAAUCUCUACGCAAUAGCUAGUAAUGAAGAUUCAAGUUUGAUAUUUGUCAAGUCAAAUACAUAUAUGAACGAGAGUUCGAAAGCGUGGUUGAAGUUGCGAGAUAAUGAGAAGAUACCUACGGGAGCAAUAGUCAUUGUACUAUACGAUGAUUUCGAAAAUGAUAUACCAAAAGUUAAGUUAUCAAAGUUUGGCAAGAAAAGCGAAAGUCAUAACGGUAUAAAAAAUCUACAGUCUGUAAUGAUGCAAGACGAUGGUGUGAGGUUCAAGUUUUUCAAAUUAGGUAUAGGGAUAGGCCCAAAACCAAGUGGUGCAAAUAAAGCAAGUAUGAGUUCAUGGGUCCUUUCGCCAUUUACUUUGCAACAAAAGCAAUUAAUUGUCGACAAGAGCCUAGAUUUGUGUAUUACACACUUGAAGGAGAUUGCCUCCUUAGAUGGCGAAAUUGACAACAUUGAUAAGUAUAAUUCUAGAGUUAUAAAGAAAAAUAUACUGGAAUAG